UUUUUCUUUUUCUUUUCCCCAUAGCUUGCACCUUCCCUUCCAUUACAAGAAGAUUUUGUUUACCAUUGGAAGGCAAUCACUCAUUAUUACAUAGAGACUUCAGAUGACAAAGCACCUGUGACUGAUACCAACAUUCCUUCUCACCUGGAACAGAUGCUGGAUAUUCUAGUUCAAGAAGAAAAUGAGAGGGAAUCGGGUGAAACGGGGCCGUGUAUGGAGUAUUUGCUACAUCACAAGAUUUUGGAGACACUUUACACACUAGGAAAAGCUGAUUGUCCUCCAGGAAUGAAACAGCAAGUUUUGGCUUUUUAUACAAAACUUCUUGGAAGAAUACGGCAACCUCUUCUUCCCCACAUCAAUGUGCAUAGGCCAGUGCAGAAAUUGAUCAGGCUGUGUGGUGAAGUUCUGGCAACACCAACAGAAAAUGAAGAAAUUCAGUUUCUCUGUAUAGUAUGUGCAAAACUGAAGCAGGAUCCAUACCUGGUCAACUUUUUCCUUGAGGUCAUUCAGGAUCCUGUUUUGCACCUUUGCAGGAGGCAGAAUAAGUUGAAAGCAAUGGCUUCCAAAGAAUCAACAAACGUAAUCACAGAAGACAUGCUAAAAGGCCAGGAUUCGUUGGCCACAGACACGGGGCAGCCCAUCCAGCCUGAGGAAACGCCUGGCACUGCUGGAGCGGAGCACAUGGAAAAGGAAGAUGAGCUUCCUCAACAGGCAGAUGAUCUGUCUUUCAGUCUGGAUGAACUAAAUGUCACAUCAUCACCUGAGUCCUCCACUGUUUGUCCAAAUCAAGACUAUAAUUUAGUGAAUUCUCUACUAAAUCUCACCAAAAGUCCGGAUGGCCGGAUAGCUGUGAAGGCUUGUGAAGGGCUCAUGCUUUUGGUGAGCUUGCCAGAACCUGCGGCUGCCAAGUGCCUGACUCAAAGCACUUGUUUAUGUGAAUUGCUGACAGACAGGCUGGCCAGCCUCUACAGAGCCCUGCCUCAGUCAUUGGAUCCCUUAGACAUUGAAACAGUGGAGGCAAUUAACUGGGGUUUGGAUUCCUAUAGCCACAAAGAAGAUGCAUCUGCUUUUCCAGGGAAAAGAGCGUUGAUAUCAUUUCUUUCAUGGUUUGACUACUGUGAUCAACUCAUCAAAGAAGCACAAAAGAUUGCUGCUGUUGCUAUGGCAAAAGCUGUGCGGGAACGAUUUUUUGUUGAUGUCAUGGAACCCCAGCUGAUGCAAACCUCAGAAAUUGGAAUCCUCACAUCAACUGCGUUAUUACAUCGCAUUGUUCGUCAAGUAACUUCAGAUGUCCUACUGCAGGAAUUAGUUUAUUUUGUACUUGGAGAACACAGAGAGCCAGAAACUUUGCCAAACAUCAACAGACAUCCAUUGCGACACAGGUUAAUCGAACACUGUGAUCAUAUUUCUGAUGAGAUCAGCAUAAUGACUCUAAGAAUGUUUGAGCACCUUCUGCAAAAGCCUCACGAGCACAUUCUCUAUAACUUGGUUCUGAGAAAUUUAGAAGAAAGAAAUUACAUAGAGUAUAAGCCACUGUGUCAAGAAGAUAAAGAUGUGGUAGAGAAUGGGCAGAUUGCAGGAGCAAUAGACCUGGAGGAAGAUCCGCUAUUUACUGAUCUGUCUCCAGAUAACACUGGGGCUCAAGAGUGGCUCAGUGUUUCUCCACCUGUCAGUCCAGAACAUCCAAAAAAUGAUGGGAAGACUGAAGUUCAUAAAAUUGUAAAUAGUUUUCUCUGUCUUGUACCCGAUGAAGCUAAGUCAUCAUACCACGUGGAGGGUACGGGUUAUGAUACUUACCUCAGAGAUGCCCACAGACAAUUCCGGGAUUACUGUCUCAUCUGCUUACGGUGGGAGUGGCCUGGAUCUCCCAGAUCUUUGGAAAAGUGCAAUUUAGAAGCAUCAUUUUUUGAAGGCCACUUCUUAAAAGUCCUCUUUGACAGAAUGGGCAGGAUUCUUGAUCAGCCCUAUGAUGUAAAUUUACAGGUUACUUCGGUGUUGUCCAAACUCUCCUUGUUUCCCCACCCUCAUAUACAUGAAUACCUUUUGGAUCCUUACGUAAACCUAGCCUCUGGCUGCAGGUCUCUUUUCUCCGUCAUUGUCAGGGUGGUUGGAGACCUCAUGGUUAGAAUCCAGCGCAUCCCAGAUUUCACUCCCAAACUUCUGCUGGUCAGAAAACGCCUGCUGGGCUUGGAGCCUGAAGGGCCUGUCAUUGACCACAUGACAUUACUGGAGGGUGUGAUUGUGCUGGAAGAAUUCUGCAAAGAGCUGGCAGCGAUUGCAUUUGUGAAGUAUCAUGCCUCAUCUACACCGUAAGCAGCCUUGAUGAGUGGCCCGGCUGUAAGAUCACCUAGUCUAUUUCAGUCCAAAAGACUACUGACAACACCCAGAUGAGAAGAGGUGGCGUCUCCUGGCAAAGUGCCUGUUGGCUUUUGGCAGAAUUGGAAGUUAGAUUACUUGCACCAGUUGUUGCCAUUCACUGCGUUACAAGGGAGAUGGAUUGAAACGGACCUAGAAUAUGAUUAAACCAACACACAGCAUUUCUAGCCACUGUGUGAAGAGCUGCAAAAACUGCAUGAAGAACCACAGACAUCAGACCUUGGUUAUUUUUCUGUUAUGAUGACAAUGUUCAGGGAGUUAGGUCUAUACAUGUUCUGGGGCUCACAUGCGCCAAUUCGCUUUUUGUGACCAUAUUAUUUCUAAACAGCAAAUUAAUUUUAAAACAUUCUUAUAUCCUGAUUCUUUUUCUUCUAAAGUGGAUAUGUGAAAGGAAAUCACACCUGCAGUUGUAAUGUAAUCAAAAUUAUAGUUGAAAUUAAAAAUGAAGAUAAGUUCAAAGAAUCCACUAAUUCCUAUACAGUGAGAUAUAUUCAUGAGGGUUUUUUAUUUGUUUUUUUUUUUUUAUUGAUGAAUCUUAAAGACAACUCUCAGCUUGAUUUUCCUGUGGAUUACUACAGGAGAUACGUUAGUAUGAAACCCAUACUAGUGAACUAACCCAGAUUCAGGAUCACACCCGUAACAAAUACCUGAAUUAUACAUGUUUAUAUCAUAUUUGUCUUUGUCUUUCCAAGUGAUUGCUCUUAAGGUCAUCUCUGUAACUAGAUUUACUGUAGGUUUUUGCAUGUGAACUCCAUUUGCUUGGCUUUUGUCACCUUUACAGGAAAGUUAACUAUAGGUCAUUAGUUGUUGUUGCUGAAACAGUAUUUUUAAUUUCUUUUUAGUUGCUGCUUAGCUUGAAUUGGUUUAACAAUCUUUUGUGCCUUGAAAAUUGGCAAUAUAUAUGUUCUGUAAUUUUAGAAGUGUUUUUAUUGCUUAUCUAACCCUAGCAGUAAUGCCCAGCAAAAGAUUGACAAAUAUCAAUUCAGUUAAAGUGUUGAUACCAUAUGUAGGACCAAAAUUUGUGCCUGUUUUGUGUAGUGCUGGGGUACAGAACUGUAUCUCAGUGAUUUUUUUUUUUCAGUAUGAGUGCUCUCAGCCCAUUUGCAUUGCUCAGACUUCAGGGAGCUUUGCUGCUAUUUCUCCCAUGCAGUGGCAGCUGGCUCCUCAGACAGAAUUUGGAACUCACUGCUACAUAGGCACCAGCAGAGAUCUGAGAGGCUGAGCCUUGCCCUGUCAGGCACACACACUGCUUUGGGUGAGAGAGCUGUCCUGUUAUCCGUGCAGGUGUAUAGCACCUCUUUCUCCUCCUGUAGGCAGGCAAGGUAAGAGUUCAGCUCCUUGUGUUUACAUUGUAUUUCUUUCUUUGUCUUUUCUAGUAUCCUAUUUGCACAGUUAAUGUCCAUUUCUGAUUUGAUUUUUUAUAUGCAAAUAAGGACUAAUUCAGUCACUAGAAUUCAUCUGUAUUCAUAGGACUCUACCAAGAAUCAGAUUCUGCUCUGAAUCCAUCCCUUUAAUUUUUUUUUUUUUAAUAUAUAUACAUAUAUAUAUAUAUAGAAUGUCGAUGCUGAGAGGCCAUUUAAGUUAGCUUAAUUAGAAGUGUCGCAGUUAAUGGGCUAAAUUUAUUCUUGUCACAGCAGUGAAGAUGGUCCUGCUGUAAAAGCUUCCAUACAGGUUCAGCUGGGGAGAAAGUGUGAUUGGGAAACUGGGAAAAUAUUUUGGCAAAUAAAACCUGUGUUCAGUGUUCCCUGCAACUGGAAGGAUUCUGUUUUGUUUUGUUUUGUUUUUGCCAGAUAAAUUCAGGAAACAAAACAAAAACAACAACCUGGCUUCCUUACCCCCUUAUUUCCCUCCUGAAUUUAGCCAUGAAGUGUUUUCAGGUCACAUUAGCAUCACAGGAUAAAAAGACACUUUUCUCAUUUUUGUUGUUUAGAAAUAUGCCUUGAAAGUAGCAAAUAAUUUUAGUCGUAUUAGAAGCUGUGUUAAUAUAAUGUACUUGACUUAUACUAUAGAACAUAUGCCUAUGCAGUGACUUUUAAUAUAUACAUUUGUUAUAAUUAAGAUCCCAGUUCAGACAAGCAGUUAAACUACCUGAGUUAGGUGAAGCUUAAUUUCAAUAAUUUUCCUAAAUUACAGUUCCUUGCAUGGAUAAAGUCAAGCUGUUGGGCACAAAUGCUGAUGCUUCACUCAGUUUCAGUCUUCGUUGCUUUUUGCUUGUGCUAAAUUACUUUUUCCUCCAAAUUUCUGUUAUUUAUUUUUUAUGUGUAUGUUCCAGAAUAUUUCUGAUGUCCUUAUUUCAGUGCAAAGUGGAUGUGAUGAUACAGCUAUGAAUGAAACUUGCGAGAGCUUUCCAAGCAACGUGAUAAUUUGUAAAGCCAUUCAGGAGGUGCCUGAUCUUAAAUGAAACCAUUGGCAUCAAUGUUGUUUUCACUGAUACCUGAAUCUUCAGCAACAACAGCAAUGUUCUUGUGAACCAGUGAGACUCAGUUGAUAAAUUUGUAAGAAAUGGAUCCAUCCUAAUAAGUGAAGCAAUCCUUACUGGUUUGUGAGUUGCCUACCAACCCUUAAUUACCAUACAUGGUGACAAUGGUGUUUAUUUUUGUAAAAGUGAUUUAAUCUUCCUUAAGAGGUGGAUCUCAUUUAAGUUUGUUUUGUGAUACUUUUCAUGCACUUUUUUUUUAGUUAGUUGAGGUCCGUGUUUUCACCUUUCCAAUCUAUGCAUGCCAUUGAGGUGCCCAUUUUGUUUCUCUCUGUGUUUGUAUGUGCUUAUUUAUUACCCAGAGGUGGGCACCUGAGGAAAUGCGUGGCCUGGAGUUGACAGUCUAAGCAGACCCUCCAGAUGUCAGUGGGAAAUGCAAGUGCUUAUCACCUUUGAAACUAUGGCCAUUAUCAGUAGAUUGAAAUGCUUGAGAGGAAAUACUAGAAUAACUUUUGAUUUCAAAAAGCAAACUCAAACUACUUUUUAACCCUGAUGCACACGUGUAAAUAUGCACAUUUUUACUUUUUUUUCCAUUUAUAGUAUGUAUUUGGUUUAGACUCUGAUAGAGAAAGUUUUGUAAUACGCCAUGUGCUAAGCUCCAGUAGAACAAGUUUGUCCUUAGUUGUUUUCCCAUAUGACUGUAAUAUUCCUGGUAUUCAGAUCCUGUCUGUGUAACGUUCUUACUAUGUAUUUGUCUGUGCAAUAUAAAAGCUGUGAUUUGAUACACAGCUUGAGUCUGGUUGUACAUCACCUAUGUAUAUAUAUACAUAGAUUAUAUAUAAUAUGAGAACCAGAAUCCCGAGCUUGCUUACACUACAAUUAGUGUAAAGAUUGUUGCACAUGCUUUUACAGGGCACUAUAAUCAUGGAAUGGCUUUGUGAAUGCAUGGUAAUGUCUCCCAUAACCUGCUGUGUGAAUUCACAGGUGACAUUUCUUUGUAACUCGCUGUCUCAAUGUUACGUGAUGUGCUCGGUCUGAGGGUGACCUGAUAUUGUGCAUCAUACAUGGGUUUUCAAACCGUGAUCCUCAGCAGUUUCUGUGCCCUGUAAAAUCGUGUAACUGUAUCAAAUAUAUGCUCUUUGUUUUGCCUCCUGCCUUGUUUACAUUAAACAGAGGAUAUUCAGUAAAAUUUUUCUAUUAAACUUUGUGUAGGUCACUUA